GAUAAUGAAGAACCGAUUAUCACAGUUGGAACAACUUCUGAAUUAGCAUAUAACAAAUAUAAGCGAUGGCAAUGGUGGUUUCUGGUGGCACUUAGCAUAACCUUUCUUAUUGUUGGACAAUCCGCUGCAGUUAUCCUUGGGAGAUUUUAUUAUGAUCAGGGUGGAAAUAGUAAAUGGAUGGCUACUUUAGUUCAAACUGCUGCCUUCCCAAUCUUGUUCAUUCCAUAUUUUACAAUUCCUUCAUCUCCAGAGGCUUCAACUUCUGCUUCGCCUUCCUUCAAAAUUCUCGCUUUGGUGUAUUUUGUUUUGGGAUUCAUAAUUGCCGGUGACAACAUGAUGUACUCCACUGGACUCUUGUACCUCUCUGCUUCAACAUAUUCGCUGAUUUGCGCAUCUCAGUUAGCUUUUAAUGCUGUUUUCUCAUAUUUUAUCAAUUCUCAAAAGUUCACCGUUUUGAUUAUAAACUCUGCUGUGGUUCUCACUUUUUCUGCUUCACUCCUUGCUGUUAAUGAAGAAUCGGAUGGACCAGCUGGUGUUUCCAAGGGAAAAUACAUUGUUGGUUUUCUUUGUACCCUUGGAGCUUCGGCACUUUACUCUCUUUUGCUUUCCCUCAUGCAACUGUCCUUUGAGAAGGUUCUGAAAAAGGAAACAUUUUCUGUUGUUUUGGAAAUGCAAAUCUAUACUUCGCUUGUUGCCGCUUGUGCUUCCACCAUAGGCCUAUUUGCAAGUGGGGAGUGGACUAGUUUGCAUGGAGAAAUGCUGGGUUUUCAGAAAGGAGGAGUUGCUUAUAUAAUGACUUUGGUUUGGACAGCUAUAGCGUGGCAGGUUUGCUCGGUUGGUGUUGUUGGCUUGAUUUUCCUAGUGUCUUCUCUAUACUCUAAUGUUAUAAGCACUGUCUCUUUGGCUAUAACUCCCAUUGCUUCUGUUAUAGUUUUUCAUGAUAAGAUGAAUGGGGUGAAGAUAAUUUCUAUGCUUUUGGCUCUAUGGGGUUUUGCCUCAUAUAUCUAUCAGAAUUAUCUUGAUGAUUUGAAGGUAAGACAUGCGCAAGCUGCUGCUUCUAAGUCUCAAAAUGAUUCUUCAUGUUGAGAAUAUUCAAUUUGACCACAUCAAAUAAAUACUUUUCUUCAAGUACCCUUUUCUUUUUAGCUUGA